GAUAAAGAGUAAAAGCAACGGUUAGAGCAGCAGCAGAGAGAGAGACGAUUGUGUUGGCAUAUGCCGCGCGACAGCAGAUCCCAAUCUCCUCUCGUCAAACGGACAUCGCGUGUCACUGAAACCACUGCAUAAAGCCACGGCAGUCACUCGGGAUUCUCUCUCCUCCUCGCCCUUACUAAAUACAGCACCAUCGUCCUCCCUGAACCUAGAGAGAGAGAGGGGCACAGAGCAAAGCAGGAAAGCCAUUUCCUUCAAGCAGAAGCAGAAGCUGGAGACCAAGCGCUUCUGAGGAGAAAAGCCAGCAAUGUAUUUCUGUAAGUGUGAAACUGAUAUUGGGUGCUAGAAUUUGUCGAAAGAUCAGAUUGCUCGUCUGUCUUGCGGUUUUUAAAAAUGAGUUGGGACCCGAACAUGGAAGUUCAUUACACCUACACCAGCUGUCCUUAUAGCUCAGCGGGUAGCUUUAUGGAGUAUUUUGAGGGUCUUACCUAUGAACAUGUGAACUUUAUUUUUUCAGGCGAUUCGCAUGCUCAGGAGAGUGCUUACCCAACAAUGAAUACAAAUUAUUACAAGUUUGGGUUAUCGGAACCUGGGAAUACUUCAUCCUAUGAUCUUGGGUUUAGUCAUGCUUAUGAGAUCAAUGAUCCUGACCCAAGACGUGGUGAACAAAGAAGGCAUUUGCAGAGCGCUUCAACAAUGACUAAUGAACAGAAUGUGGCAGUGAACUCAGAAUGGGAAGGAAAUGCAAAUACUUCUACAGGCGACAACCCCAUAGAAUGCCCACGGAGACAUCAAAAUUCCCAUGAUCAUCAGGUUAUUUGGCAAGACAACAUUGAUCCUGACAGCAUGAGUUACGAGGAAUUACUUGAGUUAGGUGAGGCAGUUGGAACUCAAAGUCGAGGUCUCUCCCAAGAUCAGAUCUCCUUGCUUCCAAUCUCAAAGUACAAAUGCAGCUUUUUCUCGAGAAAGAAAUCACGAGACGAGAGAUGUGUGAUUUGCCAGAUGGAAUAUAAACGAGGGGACCGGCGGAUUGCUCUACCGUGCAAACACCUCUAUCAUGCUGGUUGUGGGACCAGAUGGCUUAGCAUCAACAAGGCUUGCCCAAUCUGUUACACCAAGGUGUUUGGUGACGCGUCAAAGUGCGCAAAAUAGGCCUGAUGAGCUUAAAGAAGGGAGCCUUGAGAGUUUUUCUUCAAAUUUGGAUAACAGAGGUGCAUGUUUGCUUCAUUUUCCCACCUUGUUUGUAGAAGCAUUGUGUUAGCUUUUCUAAUAAAUGAAAAUAUUACGAAGCGAAGAAUUCUGAUAAUUAGAUCGUGUCGUGGCUUUUCGAGGAGUUUCAUCCUUUUGUUAUAUAUAUAGUUUCACAGAACUCUCGUAAACUCCAGGAUCGGCUCAUAACAUGUGGUGAUUUCCUAAUGUUAGACGAUUGCAGUGGAGCACAAAAAUGGUCUUGUAAAUAUGGAAGGUAGUUGCAGUACGUAUAGUUUCCCUUCCUCUUAUUUCUGCAUGCUGCACUUUUCCUUUGUAUUGUGUUGGGUAGCAACAAUCUUUGAGUUUUGCUCCAUAGAAUUGAAUGUUAUGAAAGGUAUUAUUCCUAUUCUCACA